UAGAGAACAUGUCAUUAGUGGUUUGAUCUUUUAAAAAACACGGAACCAUAGUCAAACUGUGUAGAGUUUGAAGUUUGCUGGAGUUGAUGUUUUAGUUGUGAUUUAAUAUACUAAGACUCAAUCAAACCUUUGUUUCUCGAUAAAAUCGUAUAAAAUGACUGCUGAUAUUGUAAACAUUGUCUUCUGUCUUGUAUGCGUUGUUGUUGCGAUUGUGUAUGGAGCACCUUCAUCAAAGUUGCCAAAAGGGUUUAAACAAUGCAAAAAGAGUGAUCCUAAUCUUAACGAAUGUUUAAAGGAUGGACUUCAAAGCGCUAUUCCUCAUUUGGUUAAAGGCGUUCCGAGUUUAGGUAUAAUUCCAAUGGAUCCAUUACGAAUCACAGAACUCAAAAUUGACCAAGGUUCUGGGCCAGUUAGUAUUAAGUUGAAUUUUAAAGAUUUAGAUAUAAUGAAUCUAAAGAUGUUGACGAUAGAUAAAAUUAAGUACGAUUCAAAAAAAUACAUAUUAUAUAUUGAGGCAUUACCUAAACAAUCAAUAGUUCUGCAAGGAAAUUAUGAAAUAACAGGAAAAGUUCUUGUUCUUCCAAUUGUAGGAAAAGGAAAAUGCAAAAUUAUUUUGGAUAUGUCAAAAGUAUAUGGUACUCUAAUUAUGAAACCUAUCGUUAAGAACGGAAUGGAAUAUUUAGAAAUCGAUGAUUUUUCAUUGAAAUUCAUAGCUUCAAAAUUAAAUUUCAAAUUGGAUAAUCUGUUCAAUGGUGACAAGGCUUUAGGAGAUAACAUGAAUGUAUUCUUAAAUGAGAAUUGGAAAGAAUUACUCAAUGAACUACAACCGGCUGUCGAAGCAGUUUUCGCUACCGCAUUCAAAGGAAUUGGUCAGCAGUUUUUAAACCGUAUUCCAAUCAACCAAAUUAUCACAGACUAAAUUAUGACCAAUAAUUAUUAUUUCUUAUUUGGUCUUUGUUAAGUAAUAUUGCAUAAGGCAAUUUUUCACAAGUAUUUGGUUAUAGAUCUAUUGCAACUUUUGAAUAUUCUACACUGAAAUUAAUAAUAUAUGUAAAUUAAAUAUGUUUAUUAAUAAUAAAUAUGCUUAGUUUUA